GUUGCUGUCCAUCCCAGUCGGUUCCUCGCUUUCUCCCUCGUUGCACUUAGGGUUCUUGGUCUAAAAAUUCUCGCGCCGAAGGGUCAACCAGCCCAAUCAGCUCGUCACCACCUAUCCCCUCCUCCUUUGAUGGCAAAACCAGGUUACUGAGACAGUACAGCUCCCUCUAGCAAACCUAGGGCCGUGUACAUAGUGCCCGUCCACCUUUCUGAUGACGUCUGCCUCCGCGCACAAGGAUGAGAUGAGCAUUGCUGCCUACACCGACGGCCUGGAGGCCCGCGCAUCUGCACCUUUGUACCUGACGCACCAGUGCCGAUCCAACUCCACCACUACGCACGCCUCGCGGCGGGUGCGCCGCAGCAAGAAGGUAUCGGUCCCUUGA